AAAAUGUUCGUACGUUUUUUUCGUAUAAUUAUACGAACGCUACGAAGUACUUCGUUUCGUGAAACGAAUGUCAUACGAAGUGCUUCGUUUAAAAUAAAAAAUAUAAACGAAGUUUAUACGAACUUUUUUAAUACAUGAUACGAACUUAAACGAAGUUUUUUUAUCAUACAAAAUAAAAUGAUACGAACUUUGAACGAAGUAAAUUGCUAUACGAUCUUGAAACGAACUUCAAAAGUACCGGCGUAAUAGCGCGUAAUUAUUUCAAUACAAAAUCAGAAACAAAAGAAUUAAACGAAGUUUUUUUGACAUAGGAAAAGAAAUGAUACGAACUUUAAACGAAGUAAAUUGCUAUACGAACUUAAAACGAACUUCAAAAGUACCGGCGUAAUUGCGCAUAAUUAUUUCAAUACGAAACCAGAAAUAAAAGAAGUAAAAUAUACGAUUUAUUUUAAUAGUUUCAACCAAACUUAAAUUUAAUAUCAAGCAUUUGUAUUUCCUUUUUAAAAUAUCGAAUUUAAUUAAAUUAAACAGUUUUUUUUAAAACUAGCUACUUUCAUAGCAUGUCUAAAAAUUACGACAGUGAUAUCGAUUGGAUAUAUGACACAGCCAGUUCCGACGACGAGACUGAUUUGUUGCAAAAUAAAAAUAAAAGACGAGGAAGACCAAGCAUACACGAGAAAUAUCCGGAAAUAAUUACUUGUGUCAAGACGUUGAUAGAACAGGGUUCUGCUGAAGCUCACUUACGUCGGAGAGACAGUGUUAUGUACACAAAUGGGCUUUCUUUGAAUGAUAUCGUUAUGCACGUCAAAAAAACCUUGGGUAUAACUGUUAGUCGCCACACCAUUCACAGAUUAAUGCUUCCACCCCGAAAAAAAAACACAGCGAGUAAAAACUACAAAUGUCUGAUAGACGCACGUGUUCCUCCAAAAAGAAAUACAAAAGAAAAAAAAACACACGACGACUUUCAUUUCACUUGCGGUCAAGUUCGCAUAGUUAACGAAAUGGGAUAUCUUUGCAAAGAAAACACACUUAUGCUGUCCGUAGACAAUAAAAAUAAAGUUGAUGUGGGUAUUCCAGCGAACAGCAGACGAACGAAAAUACGCACUUUUCAUUUGGUUAACGAAGCACCAAAUUAUAAUGAUCACGAUUUUCCAAAUCCAAACUCAAAGCUUGUGCCUGCUGGCUACCAAAUACUAAAGGACCGAAUACAGCGGAGUCGUUCUCUUUCUCCUGCAAAGAAAAUUACUUUUCGACGCAAGCAAUUUGCCAAAGCGCGAUAACCAAUUUUUGGACCU